AUGGACUUUGCAGUGCAGCUGCUGACCGAGCUGAGCGCGGUGGAGGCGGAGCUGCUGCUGAAGUCGUCCAGCCUGGCCGGGAGCUGCACGCCGGGACUGUUGUGUGGGGUAGUAAAGCACGUCGUGAACCCCUCUGAGUGUUCCUCCCCAGAACGGUGCAUUUUAGCUUUCCUGUACGACCUGUGCGUGUCCUGCAGCCACCUGAGGAGCCAGUUUGGAGACCUGUUCAGGUGGGUGAUGCUCCUUAUCCAAAAUGAGUUUGCAGAUAUGCCUGGAGUGGUGACCCAGCCAGGACUGUCUCAUCCCCCGUGGUGUGUCCAGCACACUCUGCAAGGUGCCUUUGGCUCCUCUCUGUGUUUGCUCCUCAGCAGGGCCUGUUCCAAGGUGAAGCAGACGAUCUACAGCAACAUCCAGCCCUCAAACUCCAACUUGCUGUGGGACCUGGAGUUCAUGCUGGAUUUGCUUGAGGAUCCCUCUGCUCACAGCAUUAACUGCUCGAUGCUGGGCAAGAUCCUGAGUGACAGCGCGGGGAACCGGGACAGCUUCGUGUGCAACGUGCUGCUGGGUGUCUGCUUGGGGCAUCAGGACCUGGGCAGGAUCAGUGCCAUGGGGAACCUGUGUGCAGAGCUGACGUGCUGCUGCUCCCUGCUCAGCUCCGAGUGCCUGGGGGUGGUGAAGGCUCUGUGCUGCUCCUCAAACCACGUCUGGGGCUUCAGUGACCUGCUCUGCAGCGUGGAUGGGUGGUGA